ACAAGCUCUCCAUCAACAUCAGGUCGCAUGUCCUGCUCGUUGGGCUGUUGUCGUUGCUCUCAACGUUCAAGAGUACAUUAUACUAUUAAUUAGCACAGCUAGAACCUUCUAAUCUACCUUGAGAAGCUUUCGUCAAUCCUUGUACUGUCUAUCAACGCUGCGGCCGAGAAAUGUUCCCAAUUCCGAAGAACAACCGGCCUUCAGGCUGGCCUGAUACCUUCAGUUCUUCUCCAUCCACUUCUACCUCGCUGUCGUCCUCGUUUUCCUCAGGCUCCGCAGCCUCUGACAUGCUCCCACAGGACUCGAGCCAGUCAGAUAUCGUUUCAUCGGAUCAUCUCGCCAACCACACCACACCGUUGCCUGCUCCUAUUCCUAGGCAUGCUGCAGGGCAUGACUUGGCUCUCGCAGCAACCCGUCCUCGCAGUUCUUCUCUUGCAGUGGUCAUGGGCCAAAAUUUUAGCAAGCCCUCGGCGUCGCACAAGGGCCUUUCAAUUUCUACAGCUGCCGCAAAUACUGGUAUCAAGCUCAAACGUGCAUUUGCAGGUCGGAGGAAAAAGUCCGAAGAUUCAACCAAGCUGUUCGCCGUGACAGACAACAAGGAAUGGGACUCGCCAGCAUCUUCUCCCUCUACGUCCUCACAGGUGACUCCCCCAGCAUCGAAAUUCCCGAGGUCUACAAAGCUAACACAGAUCGCCACUCAGGUUAUUGGUGGCGCGAAGAGAGCCGCCAAAUCCCCUCAUGCAUCUCCAAUUCCACCGACACCACCACCUAAACCUUCAUCUAUGCAGGUGGCCAAGUUGGUCCCGACAUCCACUCCCAUCUCGCCCCUCAAAAAAGUGGAUAAUCGUGGCUCAAUUAUUCCAAUGAGCCCCGGCAUAUCUUCGGCCGUCACUUUUAUGAGACUCGGCGAGGAGGAACGAGAGGCGGCCCAGGUGAAUGCAAAUGAGGCUGCCGCACAAGUGAAGGCAAAUGAGGCUGCUGCUGCACAAGUGAAGACGAACGAGGCUGCCAAGGAGGUUCCGAAGGAACUUUCCAAUAAAACAGAUACUGAAAAGGAUAUCUGGAGGAAGAGUGAUUCCACGAUGAGCCAUCACACAAUACGACCUGGUGCAGGAGCAGGGCCUCGCUCCUCACGCCCAGUGUCAAUGGCAGAAUCAUUACAGUCAAACCACACCAUCGUGCCGGUUAAUAAGCGCCUGAGUGCGCUCAUUACCGACGCCGAGUUUGGACCUCCAGAGGAGGAGGACGAUUCAUCAUUUGUAUCGGCAUCUGAAGAAAUCACGCCAAUACCGCUUAGUGCUAAUACUUCAUCUACCAACAUCAAGGGUCGAAGAUCCAUGUCACUCAACCUUGGGAAAGCUACAAAGUUUGCCAUCUCACCACCUUCGGCAACGAGCACAGGUGCUUUAGACCAAUUAAAACCUAGAUCUCCCCGCGAAUCUCAUCCUCGAAUGACUCCGUCCUUGUCCAAUGAGACCCCAACACUCACUCGUGCCGCUGCUAGCGGUAUAAUUGCACCGUCUAGCUCUGGUGUACAAUCCACUGGUAACAACAUUCGGGGUCGUCUGGCUGCAUGGACCGCCACCAACAAUGCUUCUUCUGAGACCUAUCACCAUCAUCAUAGUCACACUUCUCGUCCGGUGCCUCCUUCCGCUUAUCAUCGGAACACCCCGUCCCCUCAACCACACCAACGUAGUACUGCGAUAAGUAUCACAGGAAGUCUAGCACCUGCUGCAAAUCUCGCUCGGCGCGCGGCGGAGAAGCUGGGUCGUUGGGGCUUUUCUUCAAACUCAUCAGGAUACUCUUCGUCUUCUUCUAGCACAGGCUAUUCUUCUGAUCAUGCACUUGGUCGAACGACUUCCAAUAAUUCUUCGGGACAAAUGUCAUCGGGACGGGGCAAGCAGAGGCGAACACCGGACGCACCUUCUGGUGCUUGGAGUGUCAGUUCAUCCGGCACCUCAGAUUCGGAUGCUCUUCUCGUUCCUGCCGGCCCUUCGUUAGGAACACAGAUCAGAAGCCCAUUGCGAAAGACCGCUGGAGGUGCAGCCGUUGCUGGUGGAAUUGUAUUUGGAAGGCCAUUAACAGUCGUAGUAAAGGAAACGUCUGUAGGCCGUUCGCCAAACUACGAUUCGAGUUCAGGCUUUGAUCGGUCGAAAAUGACGAUGGAAACGCUGGGUACUAUAACGAAAAAGCAAUCAAAAGCUCUGGAGACUAGGCGGCUACCUGCGCUUGUAGUGAGAUGUGCACAACAUCUACUCCUGUGGGGAGUCGGCGAAGAAGGACUUUUUCGUGUCAAUGGCAGGCCCUCACAUGUCGCAAAGCUCCGUCAUGAAUUUGAUACAGGUGCUGACUAUAACUUGCAAGAAUGUUCGCCAGGGGAGCUCGACCCUCAUGCAGUAGCGUCGAUAUUCAAAGCUUUCCUUCGUGAACUCCCGGAACCGAUCUUAACACAUUCCCUACUCCCUUACUUUGAGGCUGCCCUAGCCCACGAGCAAGCUACAAACGAACAACAGCUGCGAGAGCAACCCGUGUCACCACGCGCUAUGUCUGGGCAACGAGGGCCUCCACUACCAUCGGGUCCCAAAAACGGUCUGCAAGGCUUGCGAAAACCGCCUUCACUCUCGACCCUCGCAAUGCCCAAUUUGAGUGGUUUACGACCACCAUCUCGUUCGCUUUUGAAUGUCUUGAAGUCCCUUGUUCGUCAACUGCCCAUCGAAAACAGGGAUCUUAUUUUAACCGUCACAGACUUGAUAAAGGCUACUGCGAAGGAGAGUCAACAUACGAGAAUGCCAUUGAAUAAUCUGUUGUUGGUGUUUUGCCCCAGCCUCAAUAUGAAUCCUCCACUGUUGAAGGUUCUCUGCGAGGCCGAAGACAUUUGGGAACAGGAAGAUCCGUCACCAGUUCUGGAUAUCAAACGAGAAGAUGCGAUUCUAGAUAUCAGCCCAAGUUCAGAUAUUGCGGAAGCUGGACAUACGGCUCGUCCAGACACCAGUGAUACAACGGCGGCUCAGGAAAUUGAUGAAGGCUCAUUAUCCUCGGCAUCAGCCUCCUCUUCUCCUCCAACUAGUUCUCGAGUUAUUCAUGGACACGAGCGUCUGAGCCUUGAACGCAGUCCUACGAGUGAAGAAAGGAUCCGAUCGAAAAAGCCUCAUGGACCACGCCGAGCUGCUGCUGUUCCCCAGGUAGUUCCUGUAGAUGGCACCUCACCUGUCGUCCACAACGAGUUACCAUAUCCUUCAGGUUCAACAGACGUAUCGUUCGAAUCGAUGUCUUUGCGAGAUGACGGCUCGUCGUAUAUCUCUAAUUCCGACACGCGGUCUGAGUUUGCUUCAUCUCCGUUUGAACGUGGAGUUCCCUCGCCCCCUUUAUCUUCGUCGGUUGAGUCAUUGAGAACACCGUCGUCUUCAUCCGCAGGGCCUUCGUUGACCCAUCUGCCACUUGAAAAGCCUCGUCUCGGGAAGUUACUUUCACCGUCCGAAGUUGAGAUUGCUGGGGAUGAUUUCGUUCAUCCGCGGAGGUUCCUCGAUAAUCACCUUAGUGGGCACAUCAAGUUUCCAACGGCACCCGACGACUCACCCGUAACGCCUGUGUCACCCCGGAUGUCUGCACCUAGUCUUUCCCUGGGCAGCCCUUCGCCGACAAACUCUGCGCCUUCUUCCCCAAGAGCGCGUCGAAUCAAAAAGCCCUCAUUGCAGCUCCUUUUCUCCAAGCGAUCUGCAUCCUCGUUGAAGUCGCUUGCUGACGGAAAACCAGUCAUAUCCUCACCCAUUCCAACACCCUUGGCGCCGAGCUUAUCAUCGGAUUCUUCUGUAUCUACACCGUCGUCUGCCGUCACAGCUCAGUCUGUUGCAUUCUUCUCUCCACCUGUGCUCGACACUAACAUCGCAGCUUCGCCGCUCCGGUUCGGCCUUGGUUUCGAUCCGCGACUCUCGCCAGAUUUGCAAGUGCGAACUGCUGCCCAGACCAAUGAGGAGCAGCAUGUCGAAGAUGUAGUCAUAACUCCUGUUGGCGAGACCCCCAUUGCCAAUCGGUACUGCACCCCUGCUAGUUCGACGUUGUCACUUCCAUUGUCGAGUGAUGCUACUAUGCCGUCUCAUUUGAGGCCGUACCCUACAGCACGAUCGAAGCUAACGUCAAAGACCUUGACAUCAUCUGCAUCGUCUAACCACUUAGGUCUACUUGGUGACCAAGAAGAUCAGGAAGAUUGGACUCAAAGUGUUCUACUAGCUGCCGAUGCAGGAGGUAAUUGGAGCUGAUCGACAUACUAUGGUGUUUUAGCUGUCCAUCUCAGCUUUUCUUAAUACAUUGGCGCUAUGGACUCCAAUCUGCGGAUCGUUUGUCUUAUAAUACUUAUAUAUAUACCCUCAUCAUUCGUCCUUCUUUGUUUGUCUCCUAUCUGCAUUGCUUCGUCCUUAAGUAUACCUGUACAUCUGCUCGUCUUUGCGUACAUCUUCUCCUCGUUUCUGUCCAUUACGCAUCUAAGUAGUAAAGUUCAUCAAGUAUCCACUCAAUUUUGCCAA